AUCAUCUGCUCACGUCACCGCCCGGACCAGGAAGUCCUCACUGUUGGCACCACGAACGACGAGAAUAACAACAACAACAACAACAGCAGCAGCAGUAGGCCAUCCGGGUGGCAGGGGUGCCAGGAGCUGCGGGCAUCAAGGCGGCCGCUCACUACUUUUGGGUAACUGUUCACCAUGUUUCGAGGUCUAGGCAGCUGGCUGGGGCUGGACCCUGAACCGACCACCACCAGUGCAGAGGAGAAGGAGCCGGGCAGAGAGGGGGAGCAGCCUGCAGACACCCAGCAUGGACAAGCCGGCAUAGAGCAGGGAGGCGAAGGAGAGCCGCACGAACCCCAGCAAGAAGAGACGGAGGAUGUCCUGCUGAGACAAGCCAAGGGGCUGGGCAGUUAUCUUAUGAGUUUUGCAUCAGUUGCUACAAAAAAGAUAACAGAAUCCGUAACUGAAACUGCCCAUACUAUCAAGAAGUCAGUUGAAGAAGGCAAAAUUGAUGGUAUUAUUGACAAGUCAAUCAUUGGUGAUUUUCAAAAGGAGCAGAACAAAUUUGUCAAUGAAAAAAAUUUAAAGAAAACAGAAGCAGCAGUACCUCCAUGGGUUGGCUAUAGUGAAGAGGAAACCAUUCAGCAACAAAUCCUGGCCUUGUCAGCAGACCGUCGAAACUUUCUCAGAGACCCACCUGCUGGCGUCCAUUUUAAUUUUGAUUUUGAACAGAUGUACCCUGUUGCUCUUGUUAUGUUGCAAGAGGAUGAGCUCCUUAAUCGAAUGAGAUUUGACCUUGUUCCAAAAUUGGUAAAAGAAGAUGUCUUCUGGAGGAACUAUUUUUACAGAGUUUCUCUGAUUAAGCAGUCUGCUCAGCUGACAGCUCUUGCAGCCCAGCAAUCUGCAGGAAAGUCUGACAAAACCAAUGGACGGCAGAAUGAAGCUGAUUUGGAAGAAACUGUACGACCAAAGACUCCACCAGUAGCUAUCAAUUCACAGCUCAAAUCCCAAGAGGAGGAGGAGGAGAUUUCCACAAGCCCUGAAGUUUCAGAAUUUGUGAGUGAAGCCUUUGACACGUGCAAUCUAAACCAAGAGGAUCUAAGAAAAGAAAUGGAACAACUUGUUCUUGACAAAAAAGAUGAAGUUGAUGCAGCUGACGAAGAAUCUGAAGAUUGGAUUAAGGAAUUGCAGCAAGUCGUUCAGGAAUAUGAAGUUGUGUCAGAUGCUGACAAAAUUAAAGAUGAGAAUUGGGACAAAGAGAUUGAGGAACUCUUACAGGAGGAUUAAUACAGAGUCUGAUUUUCUCCCAAACACUUGACUGGAACCAAACAUAUGAUGAUAUUGCUUCUUAAGUCAUUCCUUCAAACUCUGCAAAUUUUUAACUCACUGAAAUAUAGUUUGUGGAUUUGACUUUUUUUUUUUUUUUUUUUUUUUUGUUCCUCCUCCUAACCAACAUUUACAGCUGUAAAGGAUUAUGGCUGACUGAUCUACCAAUUUAAAAAGGAAAAGGAAUGCUAAAAACUUUUUGGAAUGUCCUUUCUGUUGUGAUCUUCAAGUUUAAUGAAAUAUAUCUGGCUCUGAUUUCCUCUGUUAAAACAAAAAUAUGUAUCUUACAGAGUGAGUUUAUCGGUUAAUAUACAUUUCUCCUACUUUUUCUGUGGUCUAUAAAUUACAAAACUCAAAGAUGUGUAGUUUAUAUGGUUUACCAAUGUGUUAAGCACCUAUGUAAUUGUUGGUGCCAAAUUAUAGGGCAUGAUCCUUUUUUAAUAUCAUUUUCACUAUAUAGCAUUCUAUUUUAAUCUUUCCAAAAGUAAUGGUUAUAUUUAAUUAUUAAAUUAUGUGCUGCAGAAUAAGGUGUCUUCUCUCUACAGGGACAUGGAGAUGAUGCAUUAACGUGAAAUCAGUCAAAGAAGCGGAAUAAUUGCAAUCUGUUAUUUCUGCUUUUUUUUUUUCAUUCAUCUGUCACAACUUUUUAAAGUAGAAUAAAAACAAAACACACAACACCAUUUGACUGCCUUUAAAGAAACAAUAACAGCACCCUAACCACUACAGCGUGCGGUAGUCGCUAUGGUGCCGCGAGGGUUUAUUGGCUCAGAGGAUCAGCUGAUGCUGGCAGCCAAUACUGCUGGGCCUAACUUAAGAGAACAGAAGCACCUGAGCUGUAAUGGUGGUGGGAGAGGCGCCUAGCUGUCCCAUGGUAAGAAGUCAGACCUUUUUAAAAGCAUGUUGUAGUGGUUAUGGUACUUCUGUUGUUCCUUUAAAGUUGAACUGCCGCUUCCUUAGAGUAACAGUUCCUUAUCCACUCUCCCCAGUUAAUACUAUUGAAGUGCUGCAGUUGGUGUCAAUUAAAAAAAAUAAUAAUAAUAAUAUAGUCUCUGCAGCAUUUCUAUUUCCCAAGGUUUCAUCAUUAGCACAAGAUGCUACUGGCCUGCUUGUGCAUAUUGGUGAGCUUGCACGUUGCAACUGUGUGGGUUGAAAUAAUUUUGUAUAGUAUGCCAGGACAGCCAGGCAUAAAGAGUACGUUAAAAAGAAAAACAUUGCAUAAUUUAAAAAAAAUAAAAUGGUAAAACACAG